AUGGAAAAACUCUUACAGUGGUCUAUAGCCCAGCAAACCGGGGACAAGGAAUCGGCAGAAAAGAUCGGACAACCCGAUCCAAAGUUAUUGGAACAACUCUUUGGCGGAGGAGGCCCAGAUGAACCGGCCCUCAUGAAACAAUCAAUAAUGGUGGUGGAAAACCCAGAAGCUACUUUGGAAAAUAAACAAAUUGCCUUUGACAACUUCGAAAUGCUCAUUGAAAACUUGGAUAACGCAAAUAAUAUCGAAAAUUUGAAAUUAUGGACUUCAAUAAUUAACCAAUUAUCCCCAGAAGUUGACGAUUCUCUUAAAAUAUACGCUGCAUCCAUCAUCGGAACCGCAGUCCAAAAUAACCCUAAUUCUCAAGAGGAUUUCUUGAAGUAUUGUCCUCAAGGUUUAAGUAAAUUAAUCGAAUUAUCCAAUAGCGACAAUCUUGAUUUACAACAUAAAUGUUUAUUUGCCAUUGCUUCGUUCAUUCGUAAUUACGAACCAGGUUAUUUUCAAUUUGAUUCCUUGAAUGGUUGGUCGCUCAUUUCCUCUAAAUUAUCCGAUUUAUCAAACCAUAAAACAAAUUUAAGAGUGUUAUCAAUCUUAUCCUCUAUUCUUUCUACUGGUCUUAAUGAUGAAAAAAUUAGCCAAAUCUCUAAUCUCAAAUUGAUCCACCAUCUUGUGUCAAACUUACACCAUGAAGGCCACAUUGGUUGCAUCGAUAAAACUCUCAAUAUAAUCUCUCAAUUGGCCUCGCUCAAUUACAAAUUUAGCAAAAAUGAAAUUAACGAUUUGGCUACCGGGUUGGAUAACGUUGAAGUAUUGAAAAAUGAAAUCUCAGAAGAUGAUUAUAAUUUUGCAAAGCAAGUAGUUCAUUGA